GGACAUUCUGUUGUUAAACUCCUGCAUUUAUCCAACACCAGCCUGGUAAUCCGUGUGUGAUUUGGUAUCCUGUGGAUUAUUACAGAUUUUUUAAGUAUUUGAAGUUUUACAUUUUGUCAGCAAGGUCUCUCACAACUUUGACUUAGAUUGCUGGAGGGCCUAAGAUGAAGGUGAAAUGGCUUCAAUUUCUGAUUAUAAUGUGUUGCUCCUUGCUCCUAUUCAGCAAAGAGUUCACAAAUGCUGAAACACAUCCUGACAAAACCACCAGGCGUGUCAAGAGAGGAUGGAUAUGGAAUCAAAUGUUUAUUUCAGAGGAAAGAAAUGGAAACCUGCCACAUUAUGUGGGAAAGUUACAGCUUAAUUCCAGCGUUUUACAUCAAAAUGCCAAGUUUGCCAUCCAAGGGGAGUCUGCCAACACAAUUUUUAAAGUUAAUGAGAAAAACGGGGAUAUCUACUGCUUUGAAAGACUAGACCGUGAGAAGAAGUCUGAAUAUCACCUGAUGGCUCUACUGGUAGACAAAAAAACGGCCAAAACUCUGGAGCACCCUUCCAACUUUGUUAUCAGAGUUAUCGAUAUAAAUGACAAUGCGCCGCAAUUUACACAGAAAGCUUUUAAUGGAUCUGUGAAUGAGAUGUCAGACAGAGGUACUUUUGUGACAAAAGUCACCGCUGUAGAUAAUGAUGAUCCUACAAUAGGUGGAAAUGCAGAAGUGACCUACAAAAUCAUCCAAGGACAAGAGUACUUUACAAUUGAUAACAUUGGGACAAUUUAUACUGCAGUAUCAAAUUUAGACAGAGAGCAGAGAGAUACCUAUGAAGUUGUGGUGGAGGCCAGAGACUCCCCAGGGCAAAAUAUGUACAUGUCAAGCACAGCCACAGUGAUCAUUAACUUGAUUGACAUUAAUGACAAUUUUCCAACCUUCACUGAAAGCCAGUUCAAGUUUGACGUUCCAGAGACCCUGAAGGUUGGGGGUGAAGUGGGAAGGUUGAAAGUAGAAGAUAUUGAUGAGCCACAGAACAGAAACACAAAGUAUAGUUUUUUGAAGGAAAGAUUCCAGGAAAUUUUUGCUGUUACCACAAAUGUGAACACAAAUGAAGGGAUUUUGAUAUUAAAAAAGCCCCUGGACUAUGAGAGUGUUAAACAAUAUAACGUGGACAUUGAAGCAACAGAUCCCCUUAUCGACUUACGUGUGGCAAAACAGACUAGGCCCAAGAGUAUUACAAACGUCAUCAUUAAUGUCCUUGAUGUGGAUGAGCCCCCAGUGUUUUCCAAACCAUUCUACAAAUUUGAAAUUUCAGAGGAUUCUAAAUUAAACAAUAUUAUUGGAUUUGUCUCGGCAAAAGAUCCCGAUGCUGCUAAUAGAAACAUCAGAUAUUCUAUGAGAAAUUUUAAAGAUGAACCAAUCAAGGUAACAAACAAUGGAAAUAUUAUCAAUGUCAAGACGCUUGACAGAGAGACUGCGGAUUGGCACAAUUUCACUGUGGUAGCUGAAGAAGUUGAUCCUAGCAACCCUCCUAUUAAAAAAGAGUCUUUGGGACUUGUUUUUAUAAAAGUGCUCGACGUAAAUGACAAUGCUCCAGAAUUUGCCGAACCUUAUGCGCCCAGAGUGUGUGAAAAUGCAGCUCACCAAACGGUUAUAACAAACAUUUCUGCUACUGAUAAGGAUGAAAUGAAACCAAAAAUGAAGUUUACAUAUUAUUCAGCUAAAAAGGAAAACAAUUUCACAGUGCAAGACAAUCAUGAUAACACAGCUACCAUCCUGGUCAAAUAUGGAUAUUUUAAUAGAGAAGUGGCAAAGUUCCAUUAUCUGCCUAUUGUGAUCUCGGACAAUGGACAGCCGGAGCAGAGCAGCACCAAUACUCUUACAAUUACUGUGUGCAAAUGCAAUGAAAAAGGAGAAUUCACAUUCUGUGAGGAGGCUGGAAAGCUGGCUGCUGUUUCUGUUCCAACAAUUGUCAUCAUAUUUGUGUCUUUAUUUCUAAUUAUUUUGGUUGUCACAAUAUUGGCAGUUCUAAGGAGGAUGCAGAAGAAAAAUACCAACAUCUUAGGGAAAAACACAGCAGAGAUUCAUGAGCAACUGGUCACCUAUGAUGAGGAAGGCGGUGGAGAAAUGGACACAAACAGUUAUGACGUAUCUGUAUUGAAUUCUGUGCGCAGAAAUGUUCAAAGGCCAAGGCAAGAAAUGGAGGCAAGUCCCUAUCUGUACGCCCAUGUCCAAAAACCAACAAGAAAUGGAGACAUGUCUUUCAUGAUUGAAGUGAAGAAGGAUGAAGCAGACAAUGAUGGGGAAGGAUUACCAUAUGACACCCUUCACAUAUUUGGGUACGAAGAGUCAGAAUCUAUUGUGGAGUCACUCAGCUCUAUAGAAUCUGGGUCUUCAGAAUCAGAUAUAGACUAUGAUGUAUUAAAUAACUGGGGCCCUAGAUUUAAGAUGCUAGCUGAUCUUUACGGUCUGGAACCAAUUGAAGACUUUCCUUAUUAGUGCAGUACUAGGAAACAGUAAAAUCUUAGAUCAUUUUCAAUCUAGUGCCUAAAUCAACAUUCCAAUUUACUUGGCAGUAGAGGAGUGACUGGACAGGGGUGGUUCUGGGGCUGUUGCUGCAUUGGAUGUCACACCCCCUUAACUCUUUGGCACUGGAGCAGGUCAAGGGGUUACCAAAUAGCUGCACUUGUAAGAGCCCAUUUUCCAUUUUAAAAAAAUGGAAAUUUGGCUCUUAAAGUUACUAGAGGUUGCUUUUUGCCACCCCUGGUAACUGACCACUCACUGCCACCUGCUUCAUGGCAGGAUGAGCCAUGUAACUGGAAAUUACUGGAAAAUCUUCCAUAUUCCCUUUUAAACUGUGCCUCAGUCAAGUCCCUCUUUUUUCUUCCCCCCUGCAACUUAUGGGUCUGUUGUCACAUUAUUGCACAUCAGCCUGUCCCCCGUUUUGUUUUUAUUUUGUAUUUGAUUAAAAAGACAUGAGCAUGCCCUGAGAAAGUUUGAGACCAAAACUAAAUUACCCGAAUAAGAAGGGAAUAAAUAACUAAUCACCUCCAUGAAUCAAAUUAAGCAGAAUUUAUAGUUAAUGUUUUUACAUGGCUUUCAGAUAAAUCAGUCGGCUGGUAGUGCUAUUCAUAACCCGCUGAAGAGAAAUGUCUGCCAGUGAAGGUGUUAAGCGUCAUUAAUCUCUAUCCACCUUUAAAAAACACUGAAUAAAAAUAAUUGUAAUAAUCUUUUUGCAUGUAAAUGGCUGUCACAAAUUUUCUCACUUGCUUUAAGCAAUUUUUCAUUUUAGGACUACUAUUAACACUAUAUAUUAAUCUGUCCUUCCUCAGGGAUACAUUUGUAAAUAAUUACUUGAAAUUAGAUUCUUCUAAUCAGUUGGCCCUGACAUUUAAUUGGUGCUGUAAGAAUAAGACACACCAGCUUAAUGUAAUUGCAUCCUUUCUGGGUAACAUUGAAUUAGAAGUGCUAGGUUUUACAUGGUGUGAAUAAAAUAUUUUCUCAUUUUCAGAUUCAUUGGCACAAAUAACAUCAUCAUUUGUAAUAUUUCUCACUAACAGUAACUCAUGUUUUCUUUUUUUUUUUUUACAAACAUGAAUUUAGCAUUAGUAGUAUUUUUGUGUUGUCUGUAAUUUGUACUGUCCCCAUUUGGCUUUUGUUGUGGGUUUUUGUAUGAUGUAUGAUGCCUAUUUGCAUUUGUACAGGGCACUUGGGUCUGUAUACAAAUUUGUAUUAAAAUGAAAAAAAAAACACAACCAUUGAAUUUUUUUUAUAUUCAUUUUAAAAUGUAGUAAUAAACUACUGAGACAUGAAACAAA